GGUAGUUUUGACCGGAUUUUAAUGGAGAUUUAAGAAGAGAAAUCUUUUUCAGGGAGAUUGGAACUCCAACAUGGGAUUAGUGGAUCUUUUCUUCAAUCUUGCAUUGGAAUGCUUUGAUGUUCUUGCGUGGUAUUAACUUAAUCUUUUAGCCUGCUCUAGAAUGUAACUUUUUCUCUUUAGUAGAUGAUUCCAUAAUCCAAUUUUUUUUUUAAAUUUUUUCUCCUUCUUUUUAAUCAUUUCCAUUACUUAAGUGAUAACGUAUGAGUUUAUUUUCUUUGUAAUUAAUGACAGGCAAUCAGUUCACUCGUAUGUAUAUUCUUUUGUCUCUUCUAUAUCUUUUACCCUUUUUGUUUGAGAGUUCCUUGAGCUAAUUUGAUCUGUUCUUACUUGCAGGCCUCUGCUUGCUUUGGGCUAUCCCUUCUAAAUGUUAACAGACGUGCUUCCAUUCAAGCCAUUGAGACUAAUUCGAUGUCAGAUAUUCAGAAGCUGAUCACUUAUUGGGUCUCCCUUUCUUUAAUUUUGAUACUUGAAGAACUUUUGAAGCUACUUGAGUGGUUACCCUUCUGGCAUAUUAUUAGGCUAGUACUUGUCGGUUGCUUGGUUACUCCUUAUUUUGAUGGUUCUUUCUAUGUCUAUAAACACAUAAUUCUUCCAUGUCUCUCUAUGGACCCCCAAGUUGUCAUCAACAUGUUCAUCAAACUGAAGGAAUCAUUUCUCAAGAAAUGUUAUCUUCUAAUUGUGGUUGAGAGAGAUGUAAAAGAAUAUGGACCUGAAGCUAUGGAGAAUCUCGUUGUUCUCAAGCCCAAUUUUGAAGAACAUAAAUUUGCAAAGAAAGACAUUAAUGCUGAGGAGAUGACAGAGAAGAAAGAAACAACAACCUCCAACAAGAAGGUUGGAAAAAUAAAACAUUAUCUUGCUCCUGCAGUAGAUAGAAUAUCUGCUGCUUUAGAGAUCAAAGAACUGACAGCUGCGAUGGGAUCAUGUCAAGAUCUUCUUCCUGACAUACCACCUUCUAGGAAAAUCUCAAAGGAGUGGGUCUGUCCGAUAUGUCAGGUAACAACCACAAGUGAGGCAGACUGUAUUUCCCAUCUUCUAGGAAAGCGACAUAAGGCUGCAUCUGAGAAGUUGAAAGUCCAGAACCAGAUGUUACAAACCGUAGGUUCAGCAGAAAGAGAUGCACCUAAAGAAAUGGCAAGUGCAAUGGAAGUGGGCAGAGAUCUUCCUGAACAACCACCUUCUAAUAACAUUCAGGAGUGGAACUGUCCUAUAUGCCAGGUAACAACCACCAGUCAGACAGUCUUUAUUUCCCAUCUUCAUGGAGGCAAGCAUGAUGUUGCUUCCUGGAAGCUGAAAGCCAAUGAACAUUUGAUGCAAAGUGAGAAUUUGUGUGCUUCAAUGAAAAUGGGUGCCGCUAAAGUAAUGGCAGCUGCAACGGUUGAGAGUGGAGAUCUUCAUGACAAAUCACCUAGUAAGAACAUUCAGCAGGAUUGGAGCUGUCCUAUAAGUCAGGUAACAAGUACAAGUGAGAGAGAAUUUAUUUCCUAUCUUCAUGGAAGGCAACAAGAGGCUGCUUGUGAGAAGCUAAAAGCCAAGAACCAAAUGUUGCAGAACGGAAAUUCCUCUGUUGUAGUACCUCAAGAAAUGGCAACUGUAGUGGAAGCAGGUGGAAAUCUACCAUGCAAGACACCUAAGAACAGCCAGGAGUGGAACUGUCCUAUAUGUCAGGUUACAGUCACUGAUGAGACAAGCUUUAUUUCUCAUCUUCAAGGAAGGCGACAUGAGGCUGCUUCAAAGAUGCUGAAACCCAAGAACCAGAUUUUGAGAAAUGAGAAUUCCCUUGAUCCACUGGAAACAGGUGCGCCUAAUAAAGAGAUGCCAGAAGCAGCAGUAGCAGGUGAUCUUCCCACCAAAUCACCUUGCACCGACAUUAAGGAGAGCACCUAUUCUAUAUGUCAAGUUACAGACGCAAAUCAGACAUUCUUUAUAUCCCAUCUUCAAGGAAGCCAACAUGAGGCUGCUUCCGAUAAGCUGAAAGCUGAGGACUGGAUGUUCCAAAGCAACAAUUCCCUUGAUUUAAUGGAGACGGAUGCACCUAAAGAAAUGGCAACUGCAAUGGAAGUGGGUGGAGAUUUUCCAUACAAGGAACCCAAGAGCAUCCAGGAGUGGAACUGUCCUAUAUGUCAGGUUACAGUCACUAAUAAGACAAACUUUAUUUCUCAUCUUCAAGGAAGGCGGCAUGAGGCUGCUUCAAGGACGCUGAAAGCCAAGAAUGAGAUUUUAAAAAAUGAGAAUUCUCUUCAUUCAUUGGAAACAAGUGCACGUAAUAAAGAAAUGCCAGAAGCAGCAGUAGCAGGUGAUCUUCUCACCAAAGCACCUACUAAAGAUAUCAAGGAGCAGGUUACUGAUGCAAGUGAGACAAUCUCUAUUUCUCAUCUUCAGGGAAGGCAAAAUGAGGCUUCUUCCAAUAACCUGAAAGCAAACUGGAUGUUACAAUUAGAAAGCAACAGUUCCCUUGAUCUACUGGAACCAGGUACACCUAAAGAAACAGCACCUGUCUCGGAAGCUGGUAGUGAUGUUUACGACAUACCCCCUUCCAUGGACAUCCAAAAGGAAUGGAGUUGCAGCGUAAGUCCGGUAGUGACCACAAGUGAGGUAGAUCAUAUUUCUCAUUCUCAAGGAAAGCAGCACGAGGAUAUGUGUGAGAGGCUGAAAGCCAAGAGCCAGACAUCAAAAAGUAAGGUUUUCCCUCUUUCAUUGACAACACACGUACCUUUGGAGAGCAUGGAAAUGACAACCCUACUAGUAGCAGAUCAAGGAAUUCCUGAAAUGCCACAUUCUAAGUUUAUCCAGCAGGAGUGUACGUGUGCUAUGUGUCCAGCAACAACAUCAAGUGAGACAGAUCUUGAGGAUGCUAGUGAGAAGCUCAAAGCCCAGAAGCCGAAGACAACAAUUGAGUUUUCUCCUCUUUCAGUGGCAAAGAAAUGUAAUGCACUUGAAGAGGAGCCAAAGAAACAUACAUCAGGUAAUGUGUCUUCUCCUGAAACAACAAGAGAUGAAGCAAUGAAGCAAGGUAAGCUUGGGAACCCAACGAACAACAGAUAUAUUGAGGUCAGAGAUUCUGUGUGGCAGUGCACCAUCUGUAACAUAAAGUUCAAUAACGAAGGAAACAUAAAACCUCACUUAAAUGGAAAAAAGCACUUGGCUAGGACUCGAGAGCAGAAUGGGGUCAGUGGUAGCGGGCUGGUCUGAGUUAGUUGGCCUCAUCACCAUGGCAGGUGACUGUAUAUUGUUUAAGGUAAAGUUGGCCUUACAGUUUAUGUGACCCUUCUACCAGAGUCGAUCAAUAUACAUAAACUUUGUCUCUGAAUUGUUAGUCUUCUUCCUCCUUGGAUCCAUUUCUUGGUGUAGUUCAAUUAUAGUGUAAUGCAGUUCUGUAAUUGUGGUUCAUUUGCAGUACAUAUGUGGUGUUUUACCUUUCCAACAAGAUAAUAUUAUAACAAUUAUUUUUCUUUUAA